AUGGUGUAUACACUGAAAAGUCUAGAAUUUAUGCAAGGAGUCGAACCGUUUCGAGUCGAGGAGCAGGGGGCGGAGCUUAAAGAAGAGGAGGAGACGCAGAUGAUCUCAGCGGAGACAGAUGCGGGAAUGUCGUUGAUGUUAGAAUGGAAAAUGCGACUAUCGGAAGAUUCAGACAUGUGUACCACGUGUAAUUGUCCGGUGGAUUUCGGUGAUCGAGCUGUGAUUCUGGAGCACUAUCAAUCACUUUUUCAUCGAACAAACACGCUUCGGAAAGCGAAAAAUCAGCCAGUCUACACGGAAGAGGACUUCGAAGGAACGGAGAAAGAUGAGCAUGAUCUAUCCACAACGCAUGCAAUCAUCGGUUUGGAAUCAGAUGACGAGGAGUUCGACGCCCUCCUCCUCCCAGCAAAUCGAUCGUUUUUUGUGAAGGAUGAACACGUUUUUUCGGUUCCCAGAAAUAUUCUGCAUAUCGAUGAGUCGGAAGUCUCGUCGACCACAUUUCUCCGCCCAUUCGACUGCGCGAUUUUCCUUUGGAACGGUGGCCAUUUCGCUGCUGCCAUGUUUGAAAAUGACCGAAUGACUGUCCAAAAAUCGUUUCAUCGAUACGUGGCACGUGCAAAACAAGGAGGAGUUCAGUCUCAACACGAUUCCGGUGGAAAAGGGGCGGCGAAAAGUGCGGGAGCACAAUUGAGAAGAUACAACGAACAAAAAAUGAAGGAAGAAAUCCAACAAAUCAUGUCGAGUUGGAAGCCCCGCCUCCAAAAAACGCCGCUUCUCUUCAUCCGCUGCGCCGCCUAUCAUCGUAACGUCUUCUUCGACGCAGACGCCGGAAUUGAGUCACGCGAUACGCGAAUUCGAACGAUUCCAUUCGAAACGAAACGACCGAAUAUCGAAGAGAUCGAGGAGACGUGGCGACGUCUUCAACACGUUUCAGAGCAUGGAACGUCAUCUGAAUUCAAGGAAGAAAUGAGAGAAGUUAGAGAGAAAAGGAAGAGAUUGGCGAGAAAAGUGGCUGGAAAGAAGAGAAAAGACGGGGGAAUGCAGAUGAUUUGUGAGUGGAGUGAAGACGAGGAUGGAGAGAAUCAGGGAAAGAGAGAGAAACGUAUGCAUCACAUCAAAGUGAGAACGAUCCGAAAGUCAGAGGACAUCCCCGUUCAGUGGCCACAGCUGGAUGAUGAGUGGAGGCAGAAGACGUACAAUCUGGUGCGCCAAGACGAUGUGGACUCUCUGAAACAACACAUUCAGAAUCUCAAUGAAGACGUCAUUCCCGACGCCAUCGACUAUCUGAAAACAGCGAAAAUCCCACCGAAUCGAUCGACUUUUUUGCAUGUUUCAGCGGCGAGUGGGUCGAAGAAGUGUUUGAAGUACCUCCUCGACGACAUCCGAUGCGAUUCUGGAGCCAAAGACGGCGCUGGUCUCCCACCGUACUCCUCUUGUUCAAACUCUGAGAUUAAAUCGAUUUUUAUCGAUUAUCGUGUCGAGAAUGAGUCCGUCGGCAACUGGGGACGAACUCAUAUUCCGGAGCCGAAGAAGAAAGUGGAAUUGACGGAAGAACAGGAAAAAGAGCAGGCGGAGAGGAAGAAGGAGAAGAAAAUGAGACAGAAGGAAAAAGAGAAAACGAAGAAAGAGGAGGUCCGAAAAGAGGCAGAAGAAGCGGCGGAACGAGAGAAAUAUGUGAAAAUGAGUGAAAGAGAGAAACGGGCGAUGGCAGUGGACAGACGGCUUGCUGGACUUCCGCCAGUCAUGAGAUGUCAUCAGUGCGGAACGCUCCUCCCACCCACUCCAUUCCAGUAUUCCCAUUUCAACUUCUGUACGACUUCGUGUGUCGCCGAACAUCGAAAAGCCAACCCAUAA